UCACCUUUGAAUUGCUGGUAAGGCAGUUUCUUUCAUGACAUUAAUUUUGUGUCUUGUGAAGCAAGUUUAAUCCAGAUUUUGGCUAGAUGAUAAUAUGUACACAAUUUUCAUUCACUCUGAAAUAGUUUAGUUACGUGAAUCUAGCCAUUUCCAAAACAAAAAUGGAGGUUGAACCAAUGAAGGACGAGUUUCUAAGCAUAAAAUCUUCUUUGAAAGAAUUCAGCGAGGCAAAGUUCAAGAUGCUCGAGGACAUUAGAGCCAUUCGAAUCAAAAUCAAGGUGGCUCAGCAACGUUCAUUUCGACUCCAAAAUGAGAUUCAAGAAGGUCGAACUCGUUACGAAGAAUUCGCUUCCCACUGCGACCGACUUCGUACAAGACUGCUUCAACUCUCUGGUUAUCAGCUGGAAAUCUCGCGUCUGCAAUCCCGUUAUAGAGAAUUGACCGCAAAUCUCCAUGCCAAGAACCAGGAAAGCGAGAGCCAGUUGGAGAACCUCGAGGCAGAAUUUGCCAGACAGCGAAAUGAGACAACAACAGAAUAUGCAAGAAAGGUGGAAGAGAAACGGCAGCAACUGGAGCGUGAACUGUCGUCCCUUCGUUCUGAUUUAGCUGCUCACGACGAUGACGGGAUAUUAGUGGAGCAAAAGCGGAAGCACGACGAGGAGUUGGAAUGUUUAAAGACCAACAUAGCCAUGGAAAUGGAACAAGAGAAAGAGACUGUCCACCACAACAAUUGCAAGUUGAAAGCGAGCUGUUUACAAGAAAACAUUCAAGAGCUGGAAACAAAACUUUUCAUCCUCCGGGGAGGCCCUUAAAGUCUUUUCACACUUCACCGUCAUUUUUUUGUGCCGCCUUUAAAUAUUGUGUAAUCUACUCAGUCAGUUGGAUAACAGAUGGCAUAGCCCACUCUAUCAUCAAAUAAAACGUUAAAGAACCAGA